UAGCUAUGAGUAAUAAUAAAAAGAGAAAAAUUGAUGUACCCUUAAUACCCUGCAGUUGGAUUGGUUGCGGACUGAUGUUCCCAAACGAUUGGGAAUUAAAUGGUCACAUUGAAACACAUUUGGAGACAUUAAAACCGCACACGAAUGGCAAUUAUAUCUGUGUUUGGGGAGCGUGCUCAUUUUCGACGGCAUGUAUCACGGAAAUACAGCGACACAUAUACUAUCAUGGAUACUACAAUGGUUUGUUGGUCCAUGGAAAAAAUGAACUUGACUCGAAUCCCACAAUACCAAAGUGUAAUGCUGUGCCAAGAGAGUGCGAUAAAAUACCUGAUUUGCAUAAUGAUUUUCGCUGUGAAUGGGUGGAUUGUAAUCGCACGUUUAUCUCAAUAGUGGAGUUUCAGGACCAUAUAGUACAACAUGCCUCAUUUGAGUAUGAGAUACAAAAAUCACCGGACGAUGAAAGGCCCAAAAUACAAUGUAACUGGAAUUUUUGCAAAAAACAAAUGGACAAUAAAUAUCGCCUUAUAGAACAUAUUCGGACGCAUUCGAACAAGAAACAAGUAGCCUGUUAUCAUUGUGGAGAACUGUUUCGUACGAAAACGACAUUAUUUGAUCAUCUACGAAGGCAGCCAGAAAAUAAUACUCAAAAAUAUCAAUGUGCCCAAUGCUCAAAAUAUUUUGCUACCGAAAAACUAUUACGUUCUCAUAUGCUGAAACAUGUCAAUUGUUUUAAGUGUACCAUGUGCGAUAUGACCUGCUCAUCAGCCAGUGCCUUAGCUACACAUGUAAGAUAUAGACAUUUGAAAGAAAAACCUUUCAAAUGUGUAGAAUGUGAAUAUAGAUGCGUACGAGAAUCUGAUUUAAAUCAGCAUGUACAAUUGGUGCACAGUCAGGAGGUGCAUCGUUGUGAAGAAUCUGGUUGUAAUUAUGCUGUUAAAACAUUUCAGGCCUUAAGAAAGCACUUCUUUGAAGUCCAUAAAAAUACAACAUUUAUAUACCUCUGUCAUUGUUGUGAGAAACCAUUUAAAAGUGGCAAAAGUCUAUCAGUGCAUUUAAUUAAGAAACAUGACUUUCAAUUACCCUCCGGCCAUCGUCGUUUUACAUAUCGCAUUGAUGAAAAUGGUUUCUAUCGUCUCGAAACAACACGCAUCGAAAGCCUAGAAGUUACCGAACAAAUAUUAACACCGACAACAUUUGAGAUAUCGGAAAUUACCGAAGAUAGUAAUUCCUAUGAAAUUGUCUCCUUGACAAAUUCACAGGAUGCUGAACGUAUUUUAGUAUCGAAUGAAAGAGGUGAAGCACGUCCAGCAGGGGAGGUAUUAAUAUCAUUGCCAAGUUUAGAUUAA